AGAGAAAAAGUAAUAUCAAGAUGAAGAAAUAUGCUUCUAAGGGAACUAAUUCUUUUAAAACUCAACUUAAGAGUGAAGCGACACCUGAGAGGAGUCUUCUAUCCUCAGACUUUAAGAAGACAGUUCUCAAUAAGGAAAAGGAGCUAAUUUAUAUGACAAAUGAGAUUUGCAAGGCUUGUAGGAUCAAGGAUAUCAAGGCUGUUAAAUAAAUUAGCAGAUGAUGAGUUUUAUAUCGAAAUCUUUGAGAAAGAAUUUGAGGAAAUUGACUUCCACGAUCUGAAAGGAGCUCAAUCAGAGGAGCAAAAGGUGGAAAAUCUACAAAUAAUGAUUGAUUUUCUCGGAAAUGCUAUUUAUGAAAUGGAUCUGAGCCAUAUUGAGCCAUUGGAGAUUAUGAAUAAAAACUAUGACCAUAUCCAUCGAUUUGUGAAGCUAUUAUACGAGUGGUUUACCACCCAAGCUGGAGUAGAUGACUCCAAACCUGUUAGUAAGAUGAUUAAUAUGGCUAGCAUGGGAACUAUGCCAACGGUCGAUACUUAUGAAAACAUCAAAAGUCAGGCAGAAGAUCACGGUGAAAUUAUUGACUUUUACAAAAGGGGAAGAUCAAAAUUUAAAAAUGAAUCUAGUCUUAAAGGAACCUCUAAGUUUAGAAUUUUGAGCAAAGAUAAGUGAGAAAAUACUGAAAUCUUUCAAAAUAUUGUGAGCACUUCAGAAACUCCAACUAUUAGAUCAUCUUUGACCACUUCGGUCAACACUACUGUCUUGGGAGGUGCUGUCGAGCAAGAGGAAGAAAGGCAGAAUUAUGAAUUCCUUGAGAUGGCUCAGAACAAUGAAAGCUCAUAUGAAAUUUCAGUAGAAAAAGGUAUAAUCAGAGACCAGUUUCAAAAUUACGAGAAAAGAUUUAUCUCCCCAGAAAUGGAGUUUGGCAAGGAAGACACCUUUGCCACAAUUUUCAAGAUCGUAGAGGAGAGCAAGCGCAAACCAUCUAAAAAUACAAGAGUUAAAUCUUUCUCUCCUGUGGACAAGACAAAGGAUUCAUUUGGGCUUUAUUAUGACCAACAAUCUCCUGAUUCUUCAGUAAAUCGAUUGAGAAAUAAGCCAAUGACUUAUUUCUCAAAGAAAAAUCUCAAACAUUAUGAAAUUAGGGACACAAGUAGUGAUAAUAAGUUGAAGAAGUCACUUCCGAUCUAUGAUUCGAGUAAAGCUGCUCUUUCAUCAAGUAGCUCCAAAGGGCUGCUGACAACGUCCAUUUACUCAAAUAAUGAGAGAAAAGAAAUUCCUGUGAAAAAGAAAUCUCAUCUCAUGAAGUGGACUACGUCUCAAAUAAAAUACAAGAGUAAAUAAGACAAAUGACUCAAAUAUGAAAUCUUCGCAUUCAAAGUUUUCAACAAAUUACUCCACUAAGAGGCCCAAGUCUGCAAAGGGAACUGGGAUUGUAGGGAACCCAGAAUAUAUCUAUAAAUAUAAUUACACCAAAAUACCUAGUAAAAGCAAGUACCCUUCCUCUUCACAGAAGAGAAAGGAUACUUCCCAACAGAAGAAGAAUAAUGGAACCAAGGAAAUAACAUCGAGACAGAAACAGGAGUACAUGCCUUCUUCUUACAGAAAGUCCAAUAUCUCCGGGACUCAUAAGAAGUACGCCAAGACUUCUAGAGGAGUCAAGAAGUCUAAUAUCAGCAGUUCUCAAUUAUUAGAGCAAGGAAAUAAUACUUCAAGAACGUCUAAGUUUGCAUCAAAGGAUCAAAUGCAGUCGUAUAAUUCUAUUAUGACAAUGCUCAUGAGUAAGGAGAAGGAUAUGUAUCGGACAACCAAUGAUGUGAGAGCUAUGAAGCACAAAACUUCCAAAGAGUCUGGCUACCAUCUUAAGAGUUCGAACAGUAGCUCGAACUCUAAGCUUUUUGGGUCUUCUUCUAGAAAAGCUCUGGAAGUUCACAGCUACAAUCCUUCGAAAGAAGUGAAGAACUAUAAGAAAUCAUCUGUAAAUUUAUACACAAACAAAGCAGGAGGUAGAGAGCUUGAGGAUUACUUGAAAACCACGAGGAGCCGAGGUAGUCGGAACUAUAUACCCCACAACUCAAACGCACAUGUGGUGAAAACUUAUCAUUAAU